AUGCCAUCCAGACCGAUCCGCUUACGACGAAAGGACACUGGCGAGGAGCCAAUAAGGAAUGGAAGCAAUCGCGGUGAAGAGCCCAGAAGGAACGGCAGUGUCCGUGGUGAGAAUCCAGUCAGAAACAACAGUAAUCGCAGCAGUGAUGGCCCAGUGAGGGGUAUUGGAAGAAAUAAGAGUCUUCCCAUGGGCGCGAAGAAACCUUCCGCGGGGACGGAAGAAUUACCUCAACGUCGACAAGGAAGAAGGGAACCUGCGGCUAGAGGGGUAAAUCGAGUACAGAGUGGGGGGAUAGAGCUUCCUGGUCGCAAGGGAAGAAGAGCACCAUCCGAGCGGUCUAAUUCGGGAAGGACAGGAGCACGAACUACCCCAGACAGCCCAACAACUCCAUCGCAACGAAAAGCAAGUCGAAAGGUUGCUACUCCAAUUGCUGGAACAGUUAGACCUCCUGGUCGCAAGGCACGACGAACUCCAACUGGAAAUGCGGCGCCUGCUCCAUCAGUCCCACCACCACCCUCGGCAAGUCCUGGUCGUGCGACAUCAGCGGGAAUGGCAAAUCGUGGGGUGUCAGGUGGGAUGCCAAGCCCAGGUAUGGCUGGACGCAAGAUCAGGAGAGCAGCUCCCGAAAAGCGCGGAAUUGCGGCAUCCAAGAGUUUGCCAUCGGAGCAAAUUCGCCGGGUAGAGCGAAUUCGCCGGGGACAACAGCAGCAAACGAGCGAUCAUCGGCCACCUUCGCGAAUCGUCGCAGACGAUUCGUCUUCCGAAGAAGAAUCAUCUUCUGAAGAAGGCUCUUCCUCUUCCGAGUCUUCUUUGGAGCCAACAGAAUCUCAUCGAGGAGGCGAUUUUGACGAUUCUGAUUACGAUGACGAUGGCGAUGAUUCUUCUGGUUCUGUCGAAAUCAUUGCACCACCUAAACAUGAUGAGCAUGGAGAAGAUCAUGACGACAAUCACUACAGCGGAAACUUUGAAUAUGACGACGAUGAUGACGUCUCCUUUGGCCCACCACCACAAGUUGGUGGUCGGGUCGUCUAUCCAGGGGGUAUUGUGGUGGAAGAUGGUUCGGAUAGUGAAAUGGAAUGGGACAAUGAUAAACCCUAUCGAAAUCGUCGACCAGAUAUCAGACACGGAGACGAUUGGCUGGAACCAAUUGACGCCAGUGGUAAAUCGAAACGAUCCUCUGAUCAAGGAAGUUCGAGUGCGGCACCACCAACGGCAAAGAAAACGUCGAAGUCGAAGUCGCGCUCCACCUCAGGAUCUGAUCACAACAAGAAGACGGGUAUCAGACAGGUCAAGAAGCCCAGUGGAACCGCCGGCAAAAAGAUUCGAAGACCCGACGACAGAGGCCGAGAACAGCAAUCGCCAAGGAAGCAAUCAUCUUCAUCUCCCAAGCCCAAAGGCGGACAACGGGACCGAAGACCCGGUACCAGAAGAUCUCGCUCCAGCUCCGCGGAGCGUCCCUUGGUGGAUGAGAUUCCUCGUGGAUCCAGAGGAGAUCCAGCGAGGCAAAAUCGUGGUCCCCGAAAAAGUCCUGCUCGUACCCGUUCCGCUGAUGGCGGCGGCUUCUUUGACGAUGACGAUAAAGAUCGGGCGAGGAGGAAAUCGGGUGAUCGCUCGAAACCAGCAGCCCGUCCGGUAAGGCGUGGUCCUGGUCGGGGUCCCACCCGAAGUGGUCCAUGA